GUGGCACCCGGGGCGCAAGGGACGUCCCCUCUGGAACUGGACCACCGUUGACACAAGAGAGGCCAUCGUUGAUGGGAGAGGGGGCACCCGGGGCGCAAGGGACGUCCCCUCUGGAACUGGAGGUGGCCCCGUGGAGACAAGAAAGGCCACCGUUGACACAAGAGAGGCCAUCGUUGAUGGGAGAGGGGGCACCCGGGGCGCAAGGGACGUCCCCUCUGGAACUGGAGGUGGCCCCGUGGGGACAAGAGAGGUCGUCAGCGAGCAGGGAGGUGGCACCUGGGGCACAAGGGACGUCCCCUUUGUCAUUGGAGAUGACCCCCUGGGGACAAGAGAGGUCUUCAUCGACUCAAGAGAGGCCACCAUUGAUAAGAGAGGUGGCACCUGGGGCACAAGGGACGUCCCCUUUGGAACUGGAGGUGCCCCCGUGGGGACAAGAGAGGUCUUCACUGACACAAGAGAGGUCUUCACUGACAAGAGACAGACCACCGCUGACACAAGGGACGUCCCCUUUGUCAUCGGAGAUGGCUCCAUGGGGACAAGAGAGGUCUUCAUUGACGCAAGAGAGGCCACCGUUGACCAGAGAGGUGGCACCUGGGGCACAAGGGACAUCCCCUUUGGAACUGGAGGUGGCCCCAUGGGGACAAGAAAGGCCACUGUUGAUGCAAGAGAGACCACCGUUGACAAGAGAGGUGGCACCUGGGGCACAAGGGACGUCCCCUUUGGCAUUGGAGGUGGCCUCAUGGGGACAAGACACGUCAUCGUUGACACAAGAGAGGCCACCUCUGACACAAGGGAUGUCCCCUUUAGCACUGGAGAUGGCCCCAUGGGGACAAGAGAGGCCACCACCAGGACGAGAGAUGGCACCUGGGGCACAAGGGCUGUCCCCUUUGGCACUGGAGCUGGCCCCGUGGGGACAAGAGAGGCCACCACCAGGACGAGAGAUGGCACCUGGGGCACAAGGGACGUCCCCUUUGGCAUCAGAGGUGGCCCCGUGGGGACAAGAGAGGUCUUCGUUGACUCGAGAGAGGCCACCGUUGACGCACGGGACGUCCCCUUUGGCACUGGAGCUGGCCCCGUGGGGACAAGAGAGGCCACUGCUGACCAGAGAGGUGGCACCCGGGGCACAAGGGCUGUCCCCUUUGGCACUGGAGAUGACCCCCUGGGGCCAAGAGAUGUCACCGUUGACACCAGAGACGGCACCGCUGACACGAGUGACAGCACCAUGGGGCCAAGAGAUGCCACCAUUGACACGAGAGGUGGCACCUGGGACACAAGGGACAGCCCCUUUGGCACCCCAGAUGGUCCCGUGGGGACAAGGAACGUCACCUUUGACACCAGAAACGGUGCCUGGGACACAAGGGACAUCCCCUUUGGCACCAGAGAUGCCCCCACGGGGACAAGAAAGGCCACCGCUGAUGGGAGAGGUGGCACCUUCGGCGCGAGAGAUGUCCCCUUUGGCACCAGAGCCAUCCCCGUGGGGACAAGAGGUGUCACCUUUGAGAGGCGGGACGGUGCCCAGGACACAAGGGACGCCCCCUUUGGCAGCAGAGACGUCCCCAUGGGCACGGGAGGUGGCACCUACACGAGAGGCGUCACCCGGGGCACAAGGGACAUCCCCUUGGGGAUACGAAAUGUCCCCUUUGGCACGAGAGACGGUGCCCGGGGAACACGGGGCGUCCCUUGUGGCACCAGAGAUGUCCCCAUGGACACAAGAGACAUCACCUACCCCACGAGAGAUGGCACCUGGGGGACAGGGGACGUCCCCUUUGGCACCAGAGAUGUCCCCAUGGCCUCGAGAGACGUCACCUACUCGAGAGAUGGCACCUGCGGGACACGGGACGUCCCCUUUGGCAGCAGAGAUGUCCCCAUGGCCACGAGAGACGUCACCUACUCAAGAGAUGGCACCUGCGGGACACGGGACGUCCCCUUUGGCAGCAGAGAUGUCCCCAUGGCCACGAGAGACGUCACCUACCCAAGAGGUGGCACCUGCGGGACACGGGAUGUCCCCUUUGGCACCAGAGACGUCCCCACGGACACGAGAGACAUCCCCUUUGGCACAAGAGAUGUCACCUUCCUCACAGGGGACGUCCCCUUGGACGGACGUGACGGCGCCCGGGGCCCCAGGGACGUCCCCGAGGGAGGGUUUUCCCCGGGGGGGCCCUUGGGGACCUCCGCCAGGGGGUCCCAAGAGAGGUGCCAAGGGACGUCCCCGAAGGGGUCUCCAGAGACGUCCCCAAAGGGGUCCCCAGAGAGGAGCCAACAGAUGUCCCCAAAGGGGUCUCCAGAGAUGUCCCCAAAGAGGAGCCAAGAGAUGUCCCCAAAGGGGCCCCCGGAGACGUCCCCGUCGGGGUUCCCGGAGAG